GAGGCGAAUGGUCGAGUUCAGGAAAGUUUCGGGUCUAGUCUUCGACGAGAGCACAUUUGAUCGUAAUGCUAGUAAGGGUGAGUUCUCCGAGCUUCAAAAAGCGGCUAAACAUGCUUGGGUAGUGGGAAAGAAACUUUGGGAGGAGUUCGAGUCCGGGAAGAUUGAUCUCAAACCUAAUCAAAAGACGGAGAAUCAGUCGGAUUCCUGUCCUCAUUCGAUUACGCUUUCUGGAUCCGAGUUCCAGGGGCAGAGUCGGAUUAUGGAGCUCCCCUGCGGCUUGACGCUGUGGUCGCAUAUUACUGUGGUAGGGACACCUCGUUGGGCUCACUCGGAAUAUGAUCCCAAGAUUUCAAUCUUGAAGGAAGGGGACGAUUCAGUGAUGGUAUCACAGUUUAUGAUGGAGUUGCAAGGGCUGAAGACGGUGGAUGGAGAAGACCCUCCAAGAAUACUUCAUUUCAAUCCAAGGUUGAAGGGAGAUUGGAGCGGCAAGCCUGUAAUCGAACAGAACACCUGUUACAGGAUGCAAUGGGGCACAGCGCUAAGAUGCGAGGGAUGGAAAUCCAGGGCGGACGAAGAAACUGUUGAUGGGCAGGUAAAAUGUCAGAAGUGGAUUCGUGAUGAUGACAGCCAUUCUGAAGAAUCAAAGGUAAUAUGGUGGCUAAAUAGGUUAAUAGGACGCACAAAAAAAGUGACCAUCGAUUGGCCGUAUCCUUUUGCGGAGGGCAGAUUAUUUGUUCUAACUGUGAGCGCUGGGUUGGAAGGUUACCAUAUCAAUGUUGAUGGAAGGCAUGUCACGUCUUUUCCAUAUCGAACUGGGUUUGUUCUGGAGGACGCCACUGGGUUGUCUGUAAAUGGCGAUAUUGAUGUGCACUCUGUAUUUGCUGCUUCAUUACCCACUGCACAUCCCAGCUUUGCGCCACAGAAGCAUAUUGAGAUGUUGACACAAUGGAAAGCCCCUGCACUUCCCAAGCAGAAUGUUGAGCUCUUCAUUGGCAUCCUUUCUGCUGGCAAUCAUUUUGCAGAGCGAAUGGCCGUUAGGAAGUCUUGGAUGCAGCAUAGUUCGAUUAGAGCUUCAAUAGUUGUUGCUAGGUUUUUCGUGGCAAUGCAUGGAAGGAAAGAAGUAAAUCUUGAGUUGAAGAAAGAAGCGGAGUAUUUUGGUGAUAUUGUCAUAGUUCCUUACAUGGAUAACUAUGAUCUCGUUGUAUUGAAGACAAUUGCAAUCUGUGAAUACGGGGUUCGCACGGUGGCUGCAAAAUAUACCAUGAAGUGUGACGAUGAUACAUUUGUCAGGGUGGAUGCAGUGAUCGAUGAAGCUCACAAGGUUCAAGCUGGCAAGAGCCUCUAUGUUGGAAAUAUGAACUAUCACCAUAAACCUCUUCGUUAUGGUAAAUGGGCAGUGACAUAUGAGGAGUGGCCAGAAGAAGAUUACCCAACUUACGCAAAUGGACCUGGUUACAUUUUGUCAUCCGACAUUGCAGAGUAUAUUGUAUCUGAAUUUGAGAAGCACAAAUUAAGGUUGUUCAAGAUGGAAGAUGUGAGCAUGGGAAUGUGGGUGGAGCAGUUCAACAGUUCAAAAGCAGUGGAGUUUAUUCACAGUCUAAGGUUUUGCCAGUUUGGGUGCAUUGAAGACUAUUUAACAGCACAUUACCAGUCUCCUAGACAGAUGACGUGCUUGUGGGAAAAGUUGAUGCAACAAAGAAGGCCUCAGUGCUGCAACAUGAGAUGAUAAUACUUAUAUAUUGCUAGUUGGAGAUUUUCAGAACAAGGAGCACRCAAGAACAAACAAGUUUUGCAGCCAUAGUUCAUUUCUGUAAAUAUUAUAUAUUAUAAGUGGGGUUUAAUUUAAUGAGGAAGUUUCUUUUACCUCCAUAAAUUCAUUCAUUUUUUCUUUUAAACUUCCAGUUUAUGUUAUCCCAUUUAUGCUAUAAAUGGGSUUGUUAGGUAAGAUUAUCCCAAAGCUGUUGCUCURUUUCCAA